CACGAUUUCGAAGAAUGCAGCUCCAAGAUUCGGCGGGCCGCCUUGACACAUAUCGGUAGGCCCCGCAAAAGAUGAGACGCAUCACUAGUAGGCCUGCAAUCAGUAUGGCGUGUCUCCCUCCUCUUCCAUUAUGAGUCUGUAGGGCAUUUCAUAGACUGCAGAACCAGCUCGAGGCCUUUCAAGUCGACGAAUGGCUGCCCAUCUGGCAAGACGCAGAUGAGGAGACCGAAAAUUGGAUGUUCGUCAGCGAGACUAUAAGAAAUCUCAAGCGGGAAGGGCUGCAGAGGGUGAUGCAGCAUCUCGGUAUCGUAAUGAACAUCACCAAUGACACAAUGAUGACGCAUAUAUUCGCGUUGCAUUUGUGGAGGAAGAGGAGGGCGACGGUGAGCAGACAACACGCAGCUGUCAGGGCAUUCUCUCUGUACGGAUGCAGGAAAUGAUCGACCAUUUGAAGGAGGAGGCAGUGCCUGAGGAGGCGAGAAGACUGGUGAGGGACAUGCCGAAACCAGAACUGUUUGUUCUAUGCUGAUGUGCGAUCUGCAGGAAGAUGGGUUGCGAAAGCUGGUGCACCAUUCGCCACGAGAAGACACGGGUCAGACACAUCUUUCAAUGACACUAUGGCAAAGGAGGAACAACAGGGUAGGUGGGAAGGAUACACAUACUCACUAAAGGCACACACUCGUGCGCUGAUACAGGAGAGGAUAGAGCAGCUGCGAAAGGACUCACUUGAGCAGGACGCGAAAUCUUUAGUGUUGAGUCGCGCAAGAGAGGUAAACAGGGAAACAGAAAUAUGAUGAAAGGCGGCACAUCAUAUGUCGUGCCAAUGCAUGUAGGCACCGGGGCCGUAUACGGUUGUCACGGAUUGUUUGCUGGUUGUCAUUUGAGUCAGGUAUGGCAGCUAGACAGAAGAGGGCAGACAGACACAUGGAGAGACGCAUGGACAGACAGAUAGAAAUUUGUCUCUUCUCUUUCAGAACCGAGUGAGGAUAAGCUCCUGGCUGACGACGCUGCGAGAAAUCAAAGUGGAUCACAUGAGGAGCCAGGUAUGUCACAUGAAUUGGAAGGAGUGGCGAGCGGGAUGUGUGAGUAUAUGGCUGGGAAGAGAGGCGAUGACGUGUCAUGUCAUGUGACGUGUUCAUGUAGCUGAAGAAUCGCUGCCUAUAUUUUAUAUUGCGACUGAGUGUGGUGGCUUAGGAAUGGCUGAGAGCACCUGUCUUGAGUGAUGCCCGGGUUUGCUGGGUGCGCUGGGCUGUGACUCUGGCUAUGUGUAUG